AUGAAACUGUAUCCGACCACAAUGUCAACGCGCCGCCUGGGAUGUGCGCGCCAAAUGACAUGCGCCGCCGCGCUGCUACUGUGUCGCGCGCUUGUAAUUAUCGCGCUCAGCGAGCGGCUGCUGGCGGUCGGCGCGGGCAGCGGCGGCGGUAGUGGCGGCAGCGGAGGCGCCGGCGGCAGCAUCGGCAAUAAUGUUGACUCCGAAGAUCCUGAAUUUACGGAUGUCAUCGAUAAUAUAACAGUGCCGGCGGGCCGAAAUGUCAAAUUGGCGUGUUCUGUUAAGAAUUUGGGCUCAUACAAGGUGGCGUGGAUGCAUUUCGAACAAUCGGCCAUAUUGACCGUUCACAAUCACGUGAUCACGCGUAAUCCCCGCAUUAGUGUCACACAUGACAAGCAUGACAAACACCGAACAUGGUUCCUGCAUAUCAAUAACAUACAGGAGGAGGACAAGGGCCGCUAUAUGUGUCAAAUAAACACGGUGACGGCGAAGACACAAUACGGAUUUGUCAAAGUUGUUGUACCGCCGAACAUCGACGAUGCACUCACCUCCAGUGACGUCAUUGUGCGCGAAGGUGACAAUGUGACGCUGCGCUGCAAGGCGAAAGGUAGCCCGGAGCCAUCAAUUAGAUGGAGACGAGAUGACGGCAAUAAAAUUGUGAUCAACAAAACGAUGGAAGUUCUCGAAGUGGAUGGCGAAGCUUUGGAGCUGGAGCGCAUCUCCCGUCUGCACAUGGGCGCUUAUUUAUGCAUCGCCACCAACGGUGUGCCGCCCAGUGUCUCCAAGCGCAUUAAAGUCAGCGUUGAUUUUUCACCAAUGGUUUGGAUACCCCAUCAGCUGGUUGGCAUACCCAUGUACUUCAAUGUCACGCUGGAGUGUUUCAUCGAAGCAAAUCCCACUUCGUUGAAUUACUGGACCCGUGAGAACGAUCAGAUGAUUACAGAGUCCGCAAAGUACAAAACUGAAACACUGCCGGGGAACCCCUCUUACAAGGCAACCAUGCGUCUCACCAUAACCAAUAUACAGAAGAGCGAUUAUGGCAGCUACAAAUGUGUGGCGAAAAAUCCACGCGGUGAAAUGGAUGGCACCAUAAAGCUUUACAUGUCCAGUCCGCCAACAACGCUGCCACCGCCGACCACAACCACAACACGUCGCACCACAAUAGCGCCAGCCUGGGACAGUUUCAGCACGCCAAUUUAUGGCAUGAUGCCAACCAAUUCGGUGAUUGUCAUCGAUAAAAUGGGCACAAAGUACCAAUCAAAUCUGAAUGAGAUUGGUAAAUCCGAACAAAAGCUAACCGGUGAGAAUCCAAAAGGCUAUGACUGGUCAAAGGAUAAAAGUGCGGCAGCAAGAAUGCAAUUGUGGCUGCCACAUGCUGCAUGUGGCAACAGCAAUAAGCUAACGUACGCACAACGAAUAUGUUGCAAUUAUGCAAUGCUAAUUGCAUUGCUCGGCAUGUUGCUGACGACGUGGCUGCAGACGGCAAUGAUCGGAACAACAAUAAUAAUGACAGCAACAAAAACAACUGCAAAAGAAGCCGUAGUGGCUGCCAUUGUAGACGCAGCAAGUGCAACUGCUGCCGACAGUGCAACGAACAGGAAAGCUGUAAGCGCAUCAACAACAGCAAUAACAAAGGAAACAGCCACAACAACAGCAACUGCAACACCAGCAACAGUGGUAUUAAGUGCAGAAGCUUUCAAAACAAUACGAAAAGAGUUCACCACAAAUGAGCACACACCACUACACAUGCACAAUGGAACGCGUAGCAUAAGCGUAGCAUAUAAGCAGGCGUAAGAGCUCAUCCUUCAAUUGCAUGUGGCGAAAAAUCAAAUUUCUGUAUCAACACUAGCAAACCAAUAAACAAAUGUACUAACAGCACACACACAUACACACGCAUACACUCAUUACCCCAUUAUAUAACAGUUUUUCUUAUAAAUUUCGCUAUUUAUUGGCGCUUUUGCAUGCUUGAAACUCAAAAGAAAUGUGAAAAUCUCUUGUGUUGAGUAAGUAGAAAACUAAUUUCUGUUUUUUUCAAUUAUUUCCAAAUUUCCAUUUUUUUUAUAUUAAGUAUUUCCAAAUGUUUGCCUUUAUUGUAUGAUUUUAGCAAGCAUAUUUUCACUUUUUCGGUAUCUCUUUCAUUGUUUUAUUGCAGUCUUUCACAAUUUUCUUAUUGUUUCCUCUCACUUUUAUGCCUUGCGUCACCAAACAAUCUAAAAUUAUCCACUUACUAUCAAUUCUAUUUUCAAUUUUUUUCCUCUUUCAUCAUUUCUCUUAUUUUGACUCCUUAACUCUUUCUAACCCACAAUACAACCAAAAUCUUAGCAGUCUAUCAUAGUAAGACACCACUCACAGCUACAACUUUCAAUGCCAAAAGACAAAUGUGCCAAUUGUUUCAUAUAACAAAAACAACAACAUAAACGAAUUAUGCUAAAAAGGAAUGUGUAAAUAUUACAAGUACGAUGAUAUUGGAUAUAUGUUUAUGUAAUAUACUAAACUCUAAAAACAAUAUAUACUAACAAAUACAUAAACAAAUAAAUAAGGAAAUAAUUGAAUAAAUAAAUAUGUAAAGCAAAAAGCAUGAAGCAAAAAUGUAAAAAAAUACAGUUGAAUACGCAUUAAUGCACACGCAUGCAUUUAGAAAACUUAGUUUAAGCAACAACCGAAGCACUGCAGCAAAAACAAUGCUUGAAGGUAGCUCAUAGACAUUAAUAAAACAACAAAAAUUAAAGAUCAAAGUAAAGUGUGUGUUAGACUUUGGUUUUCUUCUGUAUUUUGAAAAAAAUUUCACAAUUAAGUAAAAGAAACUUAAUUAAUUUCUAUUCUAGUUUAGAACCAAAAACUUCUCAAAGGGCACACCAAGCCUGACAGCCUAAAAACAGAUUGCUUAAAAUAAAAAAAACUCCGAUUCUAAUUAUUUUUGAGAGUACAAAACGAUGAUUGCCUUUCUGUUUCAGCAUUAAAAAAACAAAUAUUAUUAUUUUCGAAAUAACUUUUUUUUGAAUAUU